CUAGGAAGAAGUCUUCACUGGGUGUUUCCUAUAGAAUUUUAAAUCGCAAGACUGGUGAAAAAAAAAUCAUUUCGUGUAAUUAAGAUAACGUCAUGCACUGUCUGGUUUUCGGUGACAAACAAUACUGAGCAGCCCAAAUAACAGAAAUGCCUUAACAAGAAAGAACGUGGGACUAGAGCCAGAAGAUCUCUAACUGUAAAGUGAAUUGUUGUUAUUAUCGUGUUAUUUAUAUUGAUAUAUUGUUGGAUGAAUGAAUACAUUUGUUUGUCCUUCCAGGUUACAGAGAUAACAAAAUGGAUAACAAAAACUACUGUCAUCUGACAGACAAAUUGCCCACCUUUAGUGACUCCCCCCACAUGCAGCUGACUCGGUCUUUCUACCUGGACCCCGUGGUCACUUUCCACGUAUACCCAGAAGUCCCUGCCCCAGCCCCUCACUCUGAAGACCUGCCCGGGCUCCCUUUUGCAGCUGACCAGCUAAUUGUGGAAAACUUUGGAGAUCCUUGUUCCUUCCCUUUUCAAAUGCCAUAUGCCUCUUAUGGGAGAUGUGAGUAUUCCUAUGGUCCAGCGUUCAUCAGGAAAAGAAAUGAGAGGGAACGGCAAAGAGUCAAGUGUGUCAAUGAAGGCUAUGCCCAGCUACGUCAUCACCUACCUGAGGAGUACCUAGAGAAGCGACUUAGUAAAGUCGAAACCCUCAGAGCUGCCAUCAAGUACAUCAAUUACCUGCAGUCUCUUCUUUAUCAAGAUGAGAUUGAAGGCAAGAAUAAACCAGGGAAAAGUCAGGCCAUUGUGGCAACAACCAGUCACCAGAUGGACCCCAUUUUUAAAAUUGUGUAA